AUGGCGUACCACCGUCAACCCUGCGAUAGUUAUUUUGUGGAGGAGGCCUACCCACAGCGUGCUACACAAGAAUACUUAAAGAUGAUGGGCCGUCGGAAGCAAGAAGCAAUGGCGAAUGAAUUAUCGAGGCAGGCGUGUGAUGCUUACAUUGAGGACAUCGUCAAUCACAUGCAGCAGAUGGAGGACGAGACACUUCCUGACGUUGCCUCGAUAGACAUCCAACAAGAGAUCCAAUGGUUCAUGAGACCAUACCUGAUCGACUUCCUUAUAGAAGCACAUGCCGCAUUCCAACUCCUCCCCGAAACCCUCUUCCUUGCCGUCAACCUUCUCGACAGAUAUUGCUCAAGGCGUGUCGUCUACAAGAGACACUAUCAAUUGGUGGGAUGUGCUGCACUUCUCAUCGCGGCCAAGUAUGGUGAUCGCAAAGAGAGAGUACCAAUGAUUCGGGAGUUGAAGUCCAUGUGUUGCUCACUUUACGACGAGGAUAUGUUCACACAAAUGGAAUGGCACGUCUUGAAUACGUUGGAAUGGGUUAUCGGGCAUCCUACCGUCGACACUUGGUUGCAGCUUUCCUUGAAGGAUGGAUCCGCACACGAGGAUGUCGAGGUCGAGCACAUGGCUUGGUACAUCUGUGAAAUCGCCCUUUACCACAAAGACUUUGUUUCGAAAAAGCCUUCCAUCAUGGCUCGUGCUUCGUUGGCCUUGGCACAGGGUAUCUUGGGUCGGUCAGACAUCACCUCCGAACAUGAUGUUGAAGUGAGCAAGACCAUCUUGGAACUUUCGCACAAGCUCGAUCGUCCUUCGCAAGUUCUCUUCCGAAAGUAUGCCGCACCUCACAUGUCUCGAGUCUCCAUCACCCUCGACCAAUUCCUCCAAGAACAAGAAGCCCUGAACAGGCAAGCCAGCCCACCUACACCUCCAUGCGAGCCGGUGAUGCAAAAGCCAACCAUGUCAAUCAAUGCCUUCCCUGGCACGCCACAAAAACCUUAUGGCAAUAUGGUCCAUGGUUACAUGACACCUCCCAUCACACCAGAAGGCGAGUACUUUAUGAAUGGCAAUGAAAUCAAGGGAUAUCAUGCAGCACCACGAUGUCCCGUCACACCUACCCCAGCAGGGGCUCUUUACAUCCCGCAACAGCAGUACCAACCAUAUCAAGAUAUGACAAUGCAUUGA